CAUACUUCGCCUGACCGAUGAUGGUCCAACCAUUCUCGGAUCUCGAUCGACAAAAGGCAGUUCUUGCUCUUGUGUGACGUGGCACUUUUCACUGGCCAUUUCUCUCUCUCUCAUUCUGAUUCGUUGCCUUCUUAACCAAAAAAAGUCCACCCAUAAUUUUCCUACCACCAUACCUCAUUCUCUCUCCAUUUUCCUGCACUUUCUCACUACCCAAACAUACCCUCACUCUUCACUGAUGCAGAAGCCCAGUCUUCGUCCUUGGUAACCAUAAAUAUUCCAACUGGAAUAGUAAAUUUCAAAACUUUACCCAGGGCAUUUUCUGGGGCCAAAAUUCUAUAGCAUACAAUGUCGGGCCCACCGCGAGUCCGGUUGAUGAACAUCGCCGAACCGGAGAACAAGGCGCCGCGAUAUCCGGUGAAGAAAGCCGAGAAGCCUCAGCAGCAGCAAGACAACGAGUCCAAGGACAAGAAACUCGGGAAAGUGGCGUCAGCGGUUUUGCGCCAGAAGUCGAUGAAUGGCUCGUGCUCCUCGGACGCCUCGUCGGAUUCGUCUCACAGCCGGGCAUCGUCGUCCUCGCUUUCUUCACGGUCAUGGUCGAGCGGAAAAAUGGCUGUGGCGGCGCGGAGGAAUGCAGUGGUGAGGAGAAAGCAGUGUGAAGUGAAAAUUGACAAGGAUGAGAAAACCGGCGGUGAUGAUGAUAAUGUGGGGGUGGAGAGUGGCAAUGUGGUUAGCGGAAAUAGUGGACCACUGGAUGCAAGUGAUAGCUUGGAAAUUAAGAAAAGGUGCGGUUGGGUUACGCCCAGUACUGAUCCAUGCUAUGCAACUUUCCAUGAUGAAGAAUGGGGAGUACAGGUCCAUGAUGACGAGAAACUGUUUGAAUUGCUAUGUCUCUCAGGUGCUUUGUCUGAACUUACUUGGCCUGUCAUUCUUAACAGAAGGCACAUAUUUAGGGACGUGUUUUUGGACUUCAAUCCAAUUGCUGUUUCAAAAUUAAAUGACAAAAAGAUAGCUGUGCCAGGAAGUCCUGCCAGCUCAUUACUAUCAGAACUAAAGCUGCGAUCCAUCAUUGAAAAUGCACGUCAAAUGUGCAAGGUCAUAGAUGAGUUUGGUUCUUUUGACAAAUAUAUCUGGAACUUUGUAAACCAUAAGCCCAUAGUUAACCAAUUCCGGUACUCCCGUCAAGUUCCAGUCAAGACCCCAAAAGCAGAGCUCAUAAGCAAAGAUCUAGUAAGGAGAGGGUUUCGUAGUGUGGGGCCAACAGUCAUUUAUUCAUUCAUGCAGGCAGCUGGAUUGACAAAUGACCAUCUCGUCAGUUGCUUCAGAUUCCAGGACUGUAUUAAUGGGACAGAAGUAAGGGAAAAGGAUGAGAGUCUUAAGCCAAAGACUGAAAAGAAAGAAACCAUGGAUCCAAUCGAUGUGGGAAUACCAAGAGCUAUGGAUGAUUAUAGUUCCUCAAAAUAACCAUGUCUUGGUCGAUUAGCUGUUUUCUAUGCUGGGCAAUUUUUGUACAAACAGUUACCACUAUUGCUGAAAGUUACUGUAAAAGCAGUGUUUUGCAUUUUGGUAUGUAAUUACUUAUUUGAAAUGAUGUGGCUGUAUUAUACAAGUAUUAUUUUCUUCAUUCAAGUGUAUGCAUUGAAAGAUUCUUCAAGAAAA